GCGCUGCCGCGGCGCUGGUCGGGAGCGGCGCGUCGCAGCGGGCGCAGGAUGCUGAGCCGGCUGCAGGAGCUGCGCAGGGAGGAGGAGACGCUGCUCAGGGUGAAGGCGGCGCUGCACGAGCAGCUCACGCGGCUCAAGGUGGAGGAGCUGGCGCUGCAGUCCAUGAUCCGCUCCCGAGACGAGGACGUGGCCGCCGCCCCGGGCGGGGGGGACCCGCAGCAGAUUCUCGGGCAGAUGGACAACGAGGCCGCUAUCAAUCAAACCGAGUUACAGCUGAGUAUUCGAGACUAUGAAGAGGUGGAAGAGGAGGAGGAAUCGGAUUCUUGAGAGAGAGAAGAGUCAAAGGUGGUUUUUAACACAGACUCAGGAAUUCCAUCUUGGUUCUUGCUGGCAGAUCCUCGUGCUGUGCUGUGUGGGUUUAUGACACACAGGGCCCAGGAUUGGCAGAUUCUGAAUUAGAUGUUAAACGAAUGAGAACUCGCUGCACCAGAAUGUAGCAUAAUCCAUUUUGCAAACCUAAUGUGUAGCUUAUGACAUCUUUAUACAAGGUAAGAGUCGUUAAUUAAGUCAGACUAAUUUAACACAGUGAAAGCAAUAAUUCGUCUAUUCUUGUUUGCUGUUGCUGAAAAACAAAACCAGGCCGCAGAGGCUGGUUGUGAACCAAGGAUUUUAUCACAACCUCACUUGUUUAAACAGGGACUUUAAGGACAGGCAGCGAGGAAAGAUGUGUCCUGCGUUGUCUCCAGGCUUCCUGCUGCAGCGCUCAAAGCUCCACAGGUAACUCAGCAUCCAGGUGCUGUAAGCGUGACCCAUAGGAGCUGCAGUUGUUCUCAGCAGAAGCAGACGCUGCACUGCUGCACUCAGACUGAGUGCAGUAGCAGGGAGCUCUUGUCCCCACAGGUGCUGUUCUGAAGUACUGUCAGGCUGCUGUAACAGCCACGUUUUUCUUACUUUCUUUCAGCAUAGCAGCCAAUUUGGCCUUUUAUUUUUCCACAAACUGUACGGUAAGAAUUAGUCCGUAGCAGUUGUAAUAAGGUACUAAUAUUUCUAAAUUAGUUCUUUUUCCCUUACAGUGCAUCUGUAGUUCACUGCCAGUCUGCCUCCACUUUCAAGUUAAAUAUAAGCAGUAUGAGAAAUUAAAACUUACUUAGAAAGUGAUGCAAAGUCCCUUCCUUGGUGUCUGUAAUGGUACGGUGAGAAGCUCACACUGCUCCUGUAGGUACACAGCGUGCUCUUCCUUCUUGUGGAGCAGCUGGUUAUUGGUCAGUUCUUAAAGACUUGUUUUGAAGCAAAAUCAAGCUCUGUUGAGCUGAUGAAAAGCAGGCAAGUAAAAAUAAUAUCCUUUGCCACUUUAUCCAACUGUCUUAUUAAAAAUGUAGCCACGGCAAUCCAGGUUGUUCACUGCACAGCCAGCUAAAGGUGCUAUUGCUGUCUCUGGCGUUAACAGCUCAGAGGAGAUAAAUUCAACCAUUACCUGGAGUUUGCCUUUAAGAGCAGGGAGAGAACUUAGGAAAUACCCGGUAUCCUGGGUGUCAUCAGCAUGCUUGAUUCAACCUCCGCUCUGUUUGAAGGGAGGUUAUUUGGCUCUUAUUUGAUAGUAGCUGCAGGAACAGAAAUUUAGAAUGUUAAUUCCAGCUUCAUCCUGUACUAAAGACUAUUUGUUUGUUUGACAAGUCUGCAUGUCUUAAUGAAAGAGCUUAGAAUGUGAGUUCAAAACGUUUGGCAAAGCCUUCCUGAGGCUCACAGGAGAAAAAUAAAAAGCCUGAGCAAGAAAUGUUCUGGUUCAGAGUGUCAAAUGGAUCCUUUGGAGCUGUGGUUCCACCCCCAGAGACAAACUUUGACCCUUGAAGAAACGCUGUGUGGCCUCAGCACGUUACCAAAUAGUUUUCAUGUCUGUACUGUGUCAUCUUUCUUCCUGCUGCCUUUUCUGAACCAGGUCCUUUGAAAUGAAGUCCAGCAAACUGCUCUCCAUGUUGCAAUUAAGUCCUGUUGCUGCUUUCCAACUACAUGUAACUGUACUUGCAGUGUUUGAAUUACUGCUGUAAGUGGCACAAAGAAGAAAAAUUAAAAGUCAUCCACAUACUGCA